GUAUGUCUUUCAUUGUCAUGGUGGUCGGUCUCCUCUCCUUGUCAUGGCUUCUACUUUUAUUUUUUCUUCUUCUUCUGCUCACAGUGAAGCCAUUCUCUUUCCAAAAUUUCUGUCUCUUUAUCUUGCAAAAUUUGAAUUAUUAUUGCGAAGAAUCUUGUACUGAAAUUGACUGAUUUUCUUUUGUCAUAAUUUUCUCAGCAGUCACACCAACAACAAACUCAUUCACAUGUAAAUUUCAUGAUUUUUUCAUAAUUUUCACCUCCAAUUAUUUCAGUCUCUCUUCUUAGUUGCUUCAAUUUCAAUUUCUGCUGCUCUCAAUUCCACAAUCAGAGAGCUAACUUCAACACUGGAGGUGGUUAAUUUCUGAUUUGAACUUGAUUUUCUGAGUUGAGACAAGUAAAAUGGGGUCAUGUGUGGAAGAGAAUUUUGCUUCUGUAAGUGCCGAUGAUUGGAAAAAAGCAGUAGAGAAAGUGAUACCUGCUGUGGUGGUUUUAAGAGUUACAACUUGUAAAGCAUUCGAUACUGAAUUGGAGGGUGAGUCGACUGCGACAGGGUUCGUUGUCGACAAGAAACGAGGAAUUAUACUUACGAAUCGUCAUGUCGUCAAACCUGGCCCUGUUGUUGUUGAAGCUAUGUUUGUUAACAUGGAAGAAAUUCCGGUUUAUCCUAUUUACAGAGAUCCAGUUCAUGAUUUUGGUUUCUUUCGGUAUGAUCCCGAAGCCGUGAAAUUUCUGAGCUACGAGGAGAUUCCUCUAGCACCUGAAGUUGCUUCUGUAGGACUAGAAAUUAGGGUUGUGGGUAAUGAUAGUGGUGAAAAGGUUUCAAUUCAGGCUGGAACAAUAGCUCGUCUGGAUAGGGAUUCACCCAAGUACAGAAGUGAUGGUUACAAUGAUUUCAAUACGUUCUACAUGCAAGCUGCAUCUGGUACAAAGGGUGGUUCAAGUGGUUCCCCAAUAGUCGAUUUGCAAGGAAGAGCAGUAGCUAUGAAUGCUGGAGGAAAGCAAAAUGAAUCUGCUACUGCAUAUUUUCUUCCUUUAGAGCGAGUUGUUAGGGCAUUAAAUUUUAUCCAGAAGAGUAAAGACUCGUCUGGAUGUGGAUGGAAGGCUGUAACUAUUCCUCGUGGUACGCUUCAGGUAACGUUUCUUCAUAAGGGCUUUAAUGAGACACGUAAAUUUGGACUCAAAAGUGAUACCGAACAGAUGGUUAGGCAUGCAUCACCAGCUGGUGAGACAGGAAUGCUUGUUGUUGAGUCUUUGGUACCGGAUGGCCCAGCCCAUAAACAGUUGGAGCCGGGUGAUAUUCUUGUUCGAGUGAAUGGAGUGGUCAUUACUCAAUUCUUGAAUUUGGAAACUAUACUCGAUGAUAGCGUGGACCAGAAGAUCGAUCUGUUCAUUCAAAGGGGUGACAUUUCGGUAACUGUAAAUUUACUGGUUCAAGAUUUGCAUUCCAUAACCCCGAAUUCCUUCUUGGAAGUAAGUGGUGCAGUAAUCCAUACUCUUUCCUACCAACAGGCUAGAAAUUUCCGUUUCAAAUGUGGUGUUCUGUAUGUUGCUAAACCAGGAUACAUGCUUUCUAGAGCUGCUGUUCCUCGUCAUGCCAUAAUAAAGAAAUUUGCGGAGAAAGAGAUAUCGCAGAUGGAUGACCUAAUAGCUGUGUUAUCUGAGCUGUCUACAGGUGCUCGAGUGCCUUUGGAAUAUAUAAGCCACUUGGAUCGCCGUCGCAGCAAGUCAGUCUUAGUCACUGUUGGCCGGCAUGAAUGGUAUGGCCCUCCUCAGAUAUAUACUCGCGAUGAUAGUACUGGCUUAUGGACUGCAAGGCCUGCAUUUCCUCAUGCAUCGAAGUUUUUAUCUUCAAGCCACUGCUACAAAAAUGACCCACCAUCUAAAACUAGUUUGUUGACCAUAAGUGAGGUUGGCACAUUAGAACCUAGAGCUAAAGAUGCAAUCAUACAUCGGACAGAUGAACCUUUUGUUGGGGGGAUACACUCUCUUGGAGAAUCCAAUGUUGGAACAACGAAGCAAUAUCUGGAGGAUGAUGCAUCUAUUAAGGAAAUUGUGUUAUCAGACCACGCCAUACACGAACCUGCAGAUGAAAGGUUGACAGACAUAAGAGAGCUAAACAAUACUGGGAAAUUAGGUGACCGAGGAGGUAUAGCUGCUUAUGCUUCAGUUGCUGAACGAGUAUUAGAGCCGACUCUUGUCAUGUGUGAAGUUCAUGUUCCACAACCGUGUCAGGUUGAUGGGGUGUACUCACAAGACUUUUCUGGAACUGGUGUUAUUGUAUAUCACUCCCAAAGCAUGGGUUUGGUAGUUGUUGACAGAAGCACAGUUGUCGUAUCUUGCUGUGAUGUGAUGCUCUCAUUUGCUGCAUCUCACAUAAAAAUUCCUGGCGAGGUUAUUUUCCUCCACCCUGUUCACAAUUAUGCGUUCGUUGCAUAUGAUCCUUCUUCUCUAGGUGUUGCAGGUGCCUCAGCUGUUCGGGCUGCUACACUUUUAUCUGAACCUGGUUUGCUGCGAGGCGAUUCGGUGUUCCUCGUGGGUUUGACCAACAGCUUGCGAGCAAAAUCAAGGAAAUCAAUUGUUGUUGAUCCUUCUGCUGCAUUGGAGGACGACUCAUAUGAAGGCUGGCCAAUGUACAUGGCGACCAAUAUGGAAGUGAUUGAACUUGAUACUGAUUUCGGUGAGUCAUUUUCGGGUGUGCUCUCUGAUGAGCGUGGAUUUGUUCAAGCAAUCUGGGGAAGAUUUUCUCUGAUGAAGUUUGAUGUGCGAGGAAUUCCAAUUUAUGCAGUCAGUGAAGUUCUUGACAAAAUUACUCGCCUUGAAAGGGGAAAACUCCGAUUCAUAAAUGGCAUCCAAAGGCCAAUACCUCUUCUUAGAAUUUUAGAUGCUGAACUGUAUGGGAUUUUACCUUCCGAAGCUAGAAGUUUUGGAUUGAGUGACAGUUGGGUUCAAGAUCUUGUGAAGAAAGAUCCAAUAAGGCGUCAAGUUUUACGCGUUAAAGGUUGUUUGGCUGGAUCAGAAGCUGGAAAAACAUUGGAAACUAAUGACAUGGUCCUAGCAAUCAAUAAAGAGCUUAUUACAUGUUUCCGGGACAUAGAAAAGGCUUGCCAAGGAUUGGAUGUAUCAGAAGAGAUCGACGGUACACUUAGUAUGACGAUUUUCCGGAAGGGACAAGAAAUUGAGGUUAUUGUGGGGACUGAUGUAAGAGAUGGCAAUGGCACUACGCAAAUGGUGAACUGGUGUGGAUGUGUUGUUCAAGAACCUCACCCAGCAGUUCGCGCACUUGGAUUGCUUCCAGAAGAAGGACAGUGUGUGUAUGUGUCUGGAUAUUUUUAUGGAAGUCCAGCACGUAGAUAUGGUCUCAAGGCCACCAGCUGGAUAGUCGAAGUUAACGAAAAACUCACUCCUGAUCUGGAUUCUUUUGUCGAAGUGAUAAAGGGACUGGAGCACGGGGAGUUUGUUCGUAUCAGGACGAUGACCUUAAAUGGGAAUCCUGAAGUGCACAACCUUAAGCAGGACUUAUAUUAUUGGCCUACAUGGGAACUGAAAUUUGAUAUGGAGACAGCAAUGUGGCGUCGUGGUAUCAUCAAGUCACUAGAUACAAGUGUACACUGAUCUGAUCUUUUUGACAAAGUUCAAUACAAAUUAUUUAAUAUUUUUUACGUAGUUCGAUACAAAAUAGUGUACGUUUCGCUAGUCUAGUAACUUGAGAACAUGAUGUACACCUGAAUCAAAUUACCAGCUUAUAUUCAUUUGUACAAUGGCUUAUUGUACGAAUUGGAAUAGACACUCCCGAUUAAAGAAGAAGGGGCUUUGUCAUUUUAGAACACAGUAUAUUUUGGAACGA